AUGGAGGAAAAGCCCACGCCACCGGUCAACAGCGGUGGCGAGCUGUUCAGCUUACCGGCUGGUCCGGCAACGUUGUGCUUCGACAAGAACGAAUUCAUGAAGAAAACAUUUUCCGUCGAUGAAUUCCUGCACGAGAACCGAAAUGCCGGCAGUUUGGAAAUCAUCCGCGAUGAUCUGGGGCUCUAUCUGAAGGUGCUUCGUUCAGCGAUGAUCGAACUGAUCAACCAGGAUUAUGCCGAUUUUGUCGAUCUAUCUGCGAACCUCAUUGGGUUGGAUCAGCAAAUCGAUGCCAUCGAGGGACCGCUGAAGAAGUUGCGCGACGAAGUAGACCAGGUGAAGGGCGCACUCGAAGGAAGCAUGAGCGAAAUUUCCAGCUGUCUCGAGCAGAAAAAGCUCCUUCGUUCCUACAAGAAAUCGCUCCAGAGUUUGGGCAGAGCGCAAGCAUCGCUGAAAAAGCUGGAAGACAUGCUACUGAGCGAAAGAAAGGAUUCUUUCGAUGCAACUUUGCUCGAGCGUGCCGCACUGGAAUCGAUUCAGCUGCAAUUUAAUAGCAAAUUCUGCCAUAGCUUUCUGGACGAUGGCAAGCGCCAACUCGCGCAAGAUCUCUGGGGUGAGCUGUUGGGUCGGUUGAAGAGUUACUUGCUGCGUGCCCUGGAAGAACCGGAACCGAAGGAGCUUGAACGCUGUCUACGCAUCUAUUGCACGCUGGACGAAUGCCGUACGGCAGAGGAAGUAUUUCGAGGUGAAAUUGUGGCCCCCUUCAUGAACCGUGUCAUCUCGGAGACUAGCCUGCAGAAUUCACCCCAAGGGCUGACCGGCAUUUACAAUCAGAUUUUGGACUUUGUCUCGAUGCACAUGAAACAGCUCUGUCAGCUGACGAAGCGCAACGGAAAGGUGAAAGGAUACAACUUUAUUGUGAACAGCUUUUGGGCCGAAGUUGAGCGACGGAUGGAGACGAACAUGUCGUCCAUCUUUGCGCCCGGCAAUCCGGAUGCCUUCUAUCAGAAGUACAAGUGUACGCUUGAGUUUCUGGAGCGCAUCGAGCUGAUCAUCGACGAUGCGGACGAUGUGGCCCAGUUCAAGGCACACGCACAGUAUCGUAGCUUUCAACUGCGCUGGAAUCUGCCCGUUUACUUCCAGAUACGGUUUCAGGAGAUCGGCGCUGGCCUCGAGGCGAGUUGCAGUGAGUCGGCAUCAUCGCGUCAGCUGGUCUCCAGUAUUUCCGCAUCACAGUUUAACGUAGCGCAAUUCUCCGCUGCUCUGACGGCCAUAUCGAGAUGCUGGCAGGAUGGUGUAUAUUUGCCCCAGUUGUUCCACCGGUUCCUUAAGCUCACGCUACAGAUUCUGGCACGGUUGAGCGUGUGGUGUGCAGAAGUAUUCCGCCCUGCCCAAAACCAAGAGGACGCGGUUUCUGAAGAGGGUACGGAACGUAUUCGCUUUCUGGUAGCGCUGUAUUCGGACAUACGAAACAUCGAAUUAAAAAUCCCUUCAAUCGUCAACCUCGCCGUGGAAAAGAGUCCACCCGGAGCGUCCCGGGAUGAGCUUGAAACAAUAAUCGGCGAAAGUGGAACCAUCUUUGGCGAAAGGCGCUUGCAACUACAGCAUUUGAUUGUGAAGGAACUGAUCACCGCCAGCAUACCGCAACUUCGUCAAGUGAGCGACAUACCGAGAUUGUACCGGAAAACGAAUCGUGACGUGCCUAGCCGUUGCUGCGCAUACGUCGAACAAGUCCUCGCACCGACCGAUACGUUUCGAAAGAAUUACGAUUCCAUGAUCGGGGGUGAUGCGAUGCGCGACUUUCUGACCGGUGUCUACAACCACGUGACAGUGCAAUACUACCAAAUGAUCGACGAAGUGUUGACAUCGGUUCAAAAGACGGAGGAAUCGUUGAGGCGGUUGAAGAAUCUUCGAGAUCGCUCGGGAACGGUUGCGUCGUCUGCGGCCACCACGAACAAUGCCGAUCGCAUUCAGGCACCGUCGGAUGAUGAUAAAAUUCGGCUUCAACUACAGGCGGACGUCAUGCAUUAUGUGCGAUUUGUUGAGCAGCAGGCACACAUCGGCCGGCAAGACGUGACCCAGCUGCCACAACUGAUCCAGCUUGUGGAGGACGCUAGCAAAGGACGAUUCGGGAGUGAACAGACGCAGUAA